AGAGAGAGAGAGGGAGAGGGAGAGAGAUAGAGAGGUGUGAGAGAAAUAUGGAAACUGAGAAAUAUAGAGAAACUAAAAGAAAUAUAGAGAAAGAAGAGAUAGGGAUGCACAGGACAGGACACAGGAAGAGGAACAUACAGAGAGAGAGAGAGAGAGAGAUAGAAAAAAAUAAAGAGAAAGAGAAAGUGAAAAAACACAUAGUGAGAGCGAGGAAGAGAAAAACCAAGACACAGAGGGUUUGGGAAAGAACAAAAGAGCUAGCGAAUCUAACGGACUGAGAAAGAGAGGCGAUAAAAAACUAAGAGACUAAAAAGAUAUAGAAACUGGAAGAGAAGGGAGAGGAAAAAAGAGGGAUUGACAAACAGACAGACAGAGAGGGAAAGGGACUAAUUAAAACAAAGACGGAGAGAGGGGAAAGAGACAGACAAAAAGCGAGAGAGCCAUAGAGAGAGAAAAAAGAAACACUCAGGGACUGAGAAAAGGAUUGGAAUUGAGAGAGAAGUUAAAAAAGGAAGGAAAGACAAAAAUGGUAGUAAAAUACGAUUUAUAAAUAGAACAUUGAGUAAACAUAAAUAAAUAGAGAAUUUUCGAUCAUGUGAAGACAGAGCCGAACCACUGUGCAGCUGUUGCCGCAGCCAUCGCUGGGGGGCAGGCAGCGCUAUUUAUAGACGCGUUGCAUCCGCAGCGUCUGUGCCUCUGCGGCUUUGUGCAUCUGUGCUGCAGCAGGCACAAUGCGUAGGUUAGUAUCUUACGAAUCGGCGUGCAGCAUCGAUGGCUUCCCUUGGCGUACGGCGCAUGAAUCAGCCGCUGGGCAUCCGGGUCUGCUGCUGUCGCAUUUGUACCUGCAUCAACUUUGGCUUUGUGCUCUCGCCGGGCGGCCUGCUCAAGCUGAUGCAGCUCGGCCUGGCCACGCUGUGCGAGGGACUGCUGAUACGCUACGGCGUGCCAUAUGCCGAUUCCAUUGGGCAGGCGCUGACCAGCUUCUUGGCCACAACGGGCCACUGUUUCACCACCACGGGCAUACUGCUGCUCUGCUAUUGUUUCUCGGACAAGUCCUAUGGCCUCAUACGCCAGUCCCUCUUUGAAACACUGUUCCAUGGCCUGGCCAGCUGCAUGUACUUCAGCUCAGCCAGCUACAUGGGCUUCGCCUGCGUUGUCUGGCUGCAUCCGCAAUUUCUAGUACGUCCCGGCUUCUGGGCAUAUCCGGCCAUGACUGCCGCCUAUUACAUGGGCUAUGCUGCGGGACUCCUACAUGCUAUCGACGCCUAUCUCUCCUUCAAGUACUUUCGCAGAGCUAGCUAAGAGUGAUGGGCUUUAAGCGUGGAAAGUGUUGCAAAUUUUUAAAAAGUUGUUUGAUUUCAACUCGAUUUUGAACAUCCAAUUGCAAUACAUAAAGCCUAAUUUAAAAAUAUUAAUUUAUACCUAACUUCAACCAUCAUUAACUAAUUUGUUUUCUCUCCUUCUCUUUCUCUUUUUAUCACUGAACAGUUUAUUCAGCCCAGACGAGCUCAACUAUGCAACGACUUAAUCUAGAGCUAAGACAUAUACUUAUAUACAUAUAUAGAUGUUUUUAUAUAUACUAAGACUUUUCGCUGACUGAUCUCUCCUAUAAAGAUGUCCAAGAAAUUCGCAUUUAUCAUGCAAUUACAGUUUAUAUAUGCAUUUAUGCAAUUAGGUACGUUAAAUGUAUUUAAAUAUAGAUAAAUAUGAGCGCAAACUCGUAUUUAAGGCACCAUUAGUUGAGAGAUUUACAAUAAAAGCAUUUAAGUAUAUGUAAAUUUGUAUGUAAA